AUGAGGACCCUGGCGCAGUCCGUCCGCACCCUUGGCGCAGUGGCUACGGGACGCCGGCAUGCCGACCUUGUGCUCACGGACUGCUCACUGGUAAACGUCUACACACGUGAGAUCCAGAAGAAUAUCCAGGUGUCAGUAGCAGGCCAGAGGAUCGCAUACGUGGGAACGGAUGCGUCGCACACCAUAGCGCCCGGAACCCGCGUCAUUGACUUGGGGGGCAGGCACCUGACCCCGGGCCUUGCAGAGCCACACAUGCACAUAGACCAGCUGGUCACGCCAUCGGAGUUUGCAAACCGGUUGCUGCUCCGGGGAACCACGUCCCUGUUCUCUGAUCCCAUCGACAUAGUGAGCGUGGCAGGAUACCGGGGCUUUCGGGAGUUUGUCAGGCUUGCCACCGGACUGCCCAUGAGGAUCUUCAACAUGGUGCCCGGCGGCCUGCCCGUGGAUGACAAGUUCGGAGACGUAAAGACGCUGACGCUAAAGGAGGAGGCAGAGGCGAUAAAGCUUGAUGGCGUCUUGGGGCUUGGAGAGGUGUUUGCGUGGACCAAGGUAACCCUGCAGGAUCCCAGAACAAUCCAGUCCCUGGUGCAGAUGCUGGAGGCCGGCUGCGUGAUCAACGGCCACACCGCGGGAGCCUCGGACAGAAAGCUGCAGGCAUACGUCUCAUCUGGAAUCCUGUCGUGCCACGAGCCAAUAGACUUUGAACAGACGCUGGAGAGGCUCCGGCUGGGAAUGUGGAUCAUGAUCCGCGAGGGUUCCAUCCGGCGGGAUCUGGCAGAGAUAGUUCCCCGGGUGCUCUCCUCGGGCACCUACAUAGACAGGCUGAUGUUCUGCGCAGACGAGCUGAACCCCGUUGACCUUGAAAUGUACGGCCACAUCGAUCACUGCAUCCGCAAGGCAGUGGAGCUGGGAAUGAAUCCGGUUGACGCCAUCACCAUAGCGUCAAGGAACUGCUUUGACUACUAUGGCAUGGGCAGGGAACUGGGCGGAAUCGCACCUGGAAAGCUGGCAGACAUGGUGAUCCUUGAUGACCCCGGGUCGUUCCGGCCCAGAAUGGUAAUCGUAGGAGGCAAGAUAGUGGUACGCGAUGGCGCCCUGGUGGCUCAGGCCCCCCGCAGGCGCGUUCCCGGCUGGCUCAGAAGAACGGUAGAUCUUGCCGAGCUCUCAGCAGCGGACUUUGCCAUAAGCUCAAAAAAACCCAGCGUCCGCGCCAACACGAUCUACAUGGCCACGGAGAUCAUCACCAGGCCCGGAUCGCAGGAUCUUCCGACUAGGGACGGUAACGUGCCGGCGUCCAGGGACAGAGACAUCUGGAAGGUCGCAGCCUUUGACCGGAUCAGCGGCACAAAGAGAAGCACCGUAGGAUUCCUAGAGAACUUUGGCGCAGAGAUCGGCGCCUUUGCGGCCACCAAGAACUUUCAUGAGAACAACCUGAUCGUAAUCGGCAUGGACGAAGAGGAGAUGGCCAUGGCGGCCAAUCACCUGAUCCGGUCCCAGGGUGGCAUGGCCGUGGUAAGGGAUGGAAGGGUUGUGGCAGACAUGCCAUUUGAGAUAGGCGGCAUCAUCUCCACCAGGCCGUUUGAGCGGGUUCGCUCAGACUUUGAAGGCAUAGACGGAACGAUCGCCGAUGCGGGAUGCAAGUUUUCACGCCCCUCCCUGAUACCGGUAUUUCUGCCAUUUCUCGCGCUUCCGUCCGUUCGCAUACUGCACAGUGGCAUGGUCGACGUAAAGAGAAGGACGCUCAUACCGCCCAUCGUCUAG